AUGGAGGCGGCGGCGGGCGGCAGCCAGGUCUCCGGGGCGGCCGGUGCUGGGGCGGGACGGGUCGGGACGGGUCGCGGGGCGAGCGGCGCGGGACGGGACGGGGGCGGCGCGGCUCUAACUGGGCGCGGAGCAGGCGGCAGAGCCCAGAUCACAUCCCGGGGGCGGCAGCCUCCGCCUCCUCUUCCUACGGCAGGGGGGCGGCGGCAGCAGCGGCGGCCGCGGCAGCGCUCCCCGCAUUUCCUGCGGCGAGGGGCGAAGGGAGCUACCCGCCGUCCGCCGCUUCUUAUAGCCGCUACCGACCGGAAGUGGCGUCACGGCGCUGGGGGCGCGCCGCCGCCAAUCCGGCGAUCGCACCAUCGUGACGGCAGGUGGCGGGGUGGGAGCCGGGGGCGCGCGCGGGGGGUCGGCGCAUGGGGCCGCGUGCCCGCGCACGGGCCUCCGCGUGCCCGCGCCGCGGGGAGGGGGCGCGUCCGUGCGCCGGCACCGCCCCGCGCAAGGGCGGCCGCAGAGGGCAGCGGCGUGGGCGCUCCCGCAGCGGUGAUCGUCUGUGCCCGCAGGCGGCGGAGGCGACGUGUCUGUGCGUCCUUGCCUUUUCCCGGAGCGCAGGGGUGCGCCGGUGCCUCCACGCAGUGCCCGGCGGUCCGGGAGCCGAGCGCGGCGCUCCCUCACGUUUGUGAGCCGAGGCCUUCAGACCGAGUCCCCAGCGGGGUCUCCGCCCGGGGGCCUCCGCGCAGAGCGGAGCCUUGCCGGGCAGCCGGCGGCCCCGGGCCCUCGUGCCGGAGCACGGCCGAGCCUUCUCACAGGCUGCCGGCCAGGCCUCGGCUCUGGCUCUCUGCGGACAGCCCAAAAGAGCGUCUGGCCCUGCGCUUUCCCCGUCCCGAUCAGGGGGAUCGUUCCCCGUCGCACUGAGCUGUUGUCGCAGAAUCAAAUGCUC